AUGGCUUGGCAAACCGGCUUAAUAAAAACUAUUUUGGAUGCUCAAAAUUUAAUUAUAUCAACAGACAAAGCUGUUGUUAUUGCCGACAAAUAUGCAAAGGCGCGCCAUCAUUAUUUGGUGCUGCCAAAGGAAGACAUUGCAAGCAUAUUCCAAUUAACGAAAGCGCAUCUUCCGCUGCUGGAGGAAUUGCAUUUGCUCGCUUGCAAUAUUAUCGAGGUACGCGGUGAACAAUUCGAUAAUUUUAAAAUUGGAUUUCAUGCACAGCCGAGUAUGCAACGUUUGCAUUUACACGUCAUUUCAAAGGACUUUGUAUUGGAUGGUUUGAAAACCAAAAAGCAUUGGAAUAGUUUCAAUACAGACUUCUUUUUAUCGUACGAUGCCCUCUACGCUCAACUGUCUGCUAACGGCUCUAUACACAGUCUGCCGAAAAGUUUAAUUGAUGAACUACUAGCGACCCCUUUGAAAUGCAAUCAGUGUGCGUUUCUAGCGAAAAAUAUACCAAUUCUAAAGAAUCAUCUAUUGGAGCACUCUCAGUCACUCUAAAACUGUAUUGGUCGUUUUACAGCACUGAACAUUUUAUUAAGUUUGUAAAGUUUUUUUUGUUUCCUGUCGCUGUAAAUACUUGUAACCCAUCUCGAAAUGGGGGCUAUACAGAAAUAUGAAUAUAGACGUGAGAAAUUGACACGCGAAAUGAAACAAAAAGAAAAUAUAAUUCUCGAAAGCGAUCGUACCGUAGUCUUAAAAGAUAAAUACCCGAAGGCAAUGUAUCAUUUUUUGGUGCUAACGAAAGAGCAGAUUAAAGACGUAACAGAGCUGACACGCGAUCAUUUGGAUUUGCUUGAUCACAUGAUGGAAAUGGCGAAUAAAGUGAUUGAAAGGCAGGAUGAGAUACAAUCGAGCCACUUCCUUAUAGGCUUUAAAAUGGAACCAUUUAUGUGUCGUCUAAACAUGCAUGUCAUCUCAAAUGAUUUCUUUUCACUGUCGUUGCGUCGUGUUCGCCAUUGGAACAUCUUCAAUACGGAUUUGUUUCUAAGCUAUCGUGCUGCCUACGCUAUGUUGAGGGUCAAAGGGUCUAUCGAACCCUUGCCCCACGAUAAAGUGGAGCAGCUGUGGGAGGCCUUGCCAUUGAAAUGCAAUCAAUGUGAUUUCACUUCAGACACUUUGGUGCAGUUAAAAGGCCAUUUGGGAUAUCACUGGCAGCAACGACAGAACAAAUUGCACAUUAAUAAAGUGUUGAAGAUGAUGGAUGAAGUCAAGUUGAAUGACGCACCAACUACAACGACACUGAAAGCGGAAGAUCUAGUGAGUGAAAUAGAUAAAUCCAACGCCAUUAUGCCAAAUGAUCAAAUCACUACAAAGCCAAAAAAUUGCAAUCAAAAAAUCAAAAUCAAUCAAAAUGCUGGGCAGAAUGAACAGCAAAAUCAGGCAUCUUUUCGUCAGCAAUCUGGUUCUAGCAAGAACUUUCAAAUGCAAGGUGCGGUUCCAAAACAGCAGCAAUUUCAGAAGAUUCAUCACCAUAUGCCAAAUGGAAAACAGUUCGAGCCCAAUCAACCACAUGUACCUACGCAUUUCAAUCCGUUUAAACAGACCCCACAAUAUGAAUAUCAUUUGAAUUCCGAGUUCAAUCCAUUUCCACAACACUCAGCUCAAAUAAAUGCGGCGACACCUAUUGGAAAUCCGCCUACCGGUUUCCGACCCUUUCGGCAAUAUAUGGCUCUGAAAGGCUCUGAUUCAACUGCACCCAAUGGAAAUCCGAAUGCUUUUAAGGGCGGAGCAAACUGGAAGCCCCCGAAUCAAUAUAAGAAAGGUCCGCCCGGACCGAAUCAAAGACAAUUUAAUAAUCAGCAAGAACAGCAGCAGCAGGCACAUCAAAAUACGGCCGGAAGUCAAAACGGAAAACCCUUUAUAAAGAAACAGUGGCAACCGAAGCAACCAUAUAAAAAAAAUCAAGCUAAAGGAUCCCCAUCAUCCCAUGGUAACAAACAAGAAAACUCUCCAUCCGAUGGUAAUCAUCAGGGUCAAAGUUCAACCCAUGGACCAUCUUCCAUGAAUUUCAAUACCAAGAAGUGAAAUUCCAAAACACUUUUCGAAUGAUUAUAAAUUGAAAUUUACACUUUGAUGAACUAUUGUUGUUAUAGAGGUACUAACAAAAGAAUUUGUCUACGUUUGUAAUAUUUUCCUAAAAAAAUUUUUUAGGUUAGUGUACGGUUCUUAUAUUGACCAAUUUAAAUAUUUUAAAAUUACAAAUAUUUAAUAUUUAUACUCUGUA